AUGAUUUCGGCAAUGUCUAGCUCGACCCAGAGAGACUUGCAUGGUUACCGUACGGGAGCAUGUAACGCUUCGCGGAUGAUUCGCGAAUCACUCACGAUCGACAUCGGCCGAUACGAACGCGUGAAUGUCGAAUUUCCCGAGCUCCUCAACGCCUGCCACCCACAUAACGGUCAUAGUGAUGACCUUGCCCUGGAACGCGUGGAUGAUAACCCAUGGAAUGACAUCAUCACCCAUCGUCUAUUGGAAAGGUUGUUGGAGACACAAUAA